AUGAGCCAAGCAAACGCUCAAGAACAGGAGAAUGGAUUAACUGCCAAAGUAAAUUACUUUGAUAGCUAUUCUCAUUGGGGAAUUCACGAAGAGAUGCUCAAGGACGAUGUUCGUACUCUCUCGUACCGUGAUGCUAUUAUGCAAAAUCCUCAUUUGUUUCGCGACAAAGUUGUCCUUGAUGUGGGCUGUGGAACAGGCAUCUUAUCUAUGUUUUGUGCUAGAGCCGGUGCAAAACAUGUUUACGGCAUUGAUAUGAGUGAAAUUAUUCAUAAAGCUAGAGAAAUCGUUCACAUCAACAAGCUUAGUGAUCGCAUCACCCUCAUGAAAGGCAAGAUGGAAGAUAUCCAGUUGCCUGUUGAGAAGGUAGACAUUAUUGUUUCCGAAUGGAUGGGCUAUUUCUUGCUUUACGAGAGUAUGCUCGAUACCGUUUUGCUGGCUAGAGACCGUUACCUUGCUCCCGGCGGACUUAUGUUUCCCGACCGCACCAAGCUCUUGGUUGCCGCUAUUGAAGAUGCAGAGUAUAAAGAUGAAAAAAUUGGAUUUUGGGAUGAUGUUUAUGGAUUUGACUUUUCUCCCAUUAAACGCGAUGUAUGGAAAGAGCCCUUGGUUGAUAAUGUUGACAGAAUUGCUGUGAACACAAAUACCUGUGAGAUUCUUAAUAUCGAUCUUACCACGGUCAAAAAAGAAGAUCUUGCUUUUUCCUCCCCCUUUGAAAUUGCCGCUACUCGUAAUGAUUAUGUUCACGCCUUUUUAGCUUGGUUCGACGUAGAAUUUUCUGCUUGCCACAAACCUUUGUCUUUUAGUACCGGUCCUUUCUCCCGUUACACCCAUUGGAAGCAAGUUGUCUUCUACACUCAUAAAGAUUUAACUGUCAAGACUGGAGAAGUUAUUCGUGGUAACAUCACCUGCAAGCCCGCCGAGGGAAAUCACCGUGAACUUGAUAUCGGCAUCUCUUACACUUUUGAACCUAAAGAUGGAGAACGUGAGGCUGUUUCUGAAGAUAUGUCUUACAGAAUGUGUUGA